UGUUGACAGAAAGAGCUGAAGGGGAGGAGGGGGGUGAAGGGAACAGAGCCAGGGGCUCCCGGAUUACUGAGGCUCUGGAGUUGAGAAGGCCGAGUCCUUACCCACCAUGAACCCACUCUGCUACUGCAGCUGGAGUAACUUUUCCCAGCCUCUGUGCUUCCCUGGGGCAAGAGAGGGCAAGCAAACAGUUCGGGUGGGAAGAGAACUGGAGGAAGUUGACAGGGAUGGGCGGGGCUGUGGGGGGGCUGACCAGGAACCCAGCUUCCUGCUCAGUACCCAGGCUUCCAGCCCCUGGCUCACCCCGACCCCUCUCAGCCCCCACUCCCCUCAGGAACCCAGGUUCUGGCCUUCCUCCCAAAUCCCAGCUACCCCUCCCCCAUCGGUUUCACCCCUCCAGGGAAUGGAGGCUGAGACACCCCAGGAAGAAGAGGAUAGCAAGCAGCAUCAGGGCCCCCAUCAGGAUGAGCAUGGCUGGCCCCUUGUGAAGACCACCCCUCGGCCUUGGCGAUCUGCUCCUCCAUCCCCUCCUCCAGGGACCCACUGCACAGCCCUGGGGCCCUGCUCGGCCUCCCUACUCUCCCUGCAGACUGAGCUCCUUUUGGACCUGGUGGCUGAGGCCCAGUCCCGCCGCCUAGAGGAGCAGAGGGCCACCUUCCACACCCCUCAGAACCUCCCAAAGCUAGCCCCAGCCCGGCCUCUUGAAGACAGAGAACAGCUCUACAGCACCAUCCUUAGUCACCAGCAGAUAAUGACCAUCACCGACCAGAGCCUGGACGAGGCCCAGGCCAAGAAACAUGCCCUAAACUGUCACCGAAUGAAGCCUGCUCUCUUUAGUGUACUGUGUGAAAUCAAGGAGAAAACAGGCCUCAGCAUUCGAAGCUCCCAAGAGGAGGAGCCUGUGGACCCACAGCUGAUGCGCUUGGACAACAUGCUUCUGGCAGAGGGUGUGGCUGGGCCCGAGAAGGGGGGUGGCUCAGCAGCAGCGGCUGCAGCCGCUGCAGCCUCGGGGGGUGGCGUCUCCCCUGACAACUCCAUCGAGCAUUCGGACUACCGCAGCAAACUUGCCCAGAUCCGCCAUAUCUACCACUCAGAGCUGGAGAAGUAUGAGCAGGCAUGUAACGAGUUCACGACCCAUGUCAUGAACCUGCUGAGGGAGCAGAGCCGCACACGGCCCGUGGCACCCAAGGAGAUGGAGCGCAUGGUGAGCAUCAUCCAUCGAAAGUUCAGUGCCAUCCAGAUGCAGCUCAAGCAGAGCACCUGCGAGGCUGUCAUGAUCCUGCGUUCCCGCUUCCUGGAUGCCAGAAGAAAACGCCGGAACUUCAGCAAACAGGCCACUGAGGUCCUAAAUGAGUAUUUCUACUCUCACCUGAGUAACCCUUAUCCUAGUGAGGAGGCUAAGGAGGAGCUCGCCAAGAAGUGUGGAAUCACCGUCUCUCAGGUCUCCAACUGGUUUGGCAACAAGCGGAUUCGCUAUAAGAAAAAUAUUGGAAAAUUCCAAGAGGAGGCAAACAUCUAUGCUGUCAAGACUGCCGUGUCAGUCACCCAGGGGGGCCACAGCCGUACCAGCUCCCCAACACCCCCUUCCUCCGCAGGCUCUGGUGGCUCUUUCAAUCUCUCAGGAUCCGGAGACAUGUUUCUGGGGAUGCCCGGGCUCAACGGAGAUUCCUAUUCUGCUUCCCAGGUGGAAUCACUCCGACACUCAAUGGGGCCAGGGGGCUAUGGCGAUAACCUCGGAGGAAGCCAGAUGUACAGCCCUAGGGAAAUGAGGGCAAAUGGCGGCUGGCAGGAGGCUGUUACCCCAUCCUCAGUGACAUCCCCAACAGAGGGACCAGGGAGCGUUCACUCUGACACUUCCAACUGAUCUCGCCCCUAAGGGCCACAUGGGUGGGGGCUCACAAGGCAACUUUUGAAGAGGACACAGGCAUCCAGAGGACAACCCCCAAAGGAGAAGCACAAGACAGAGAAGGGCAAAUGGGGUCAUUCCCUCCCCGGCUAGACUCUCCAGUGCUGGGGGUGCUGACUACAUGGCAGAGAGAAUGGGAUCUCCUAAGGGGAGAGUGGAGUCUGUCUUCUCCUUUUUCCUUUUCAGUCUUUUCUUCCUCUCCCCCUUUCUCUCUUACACAGAAAUACACAAACCCAGAACCCUAUUUUUCAGAUCCCUUUCUAUUCUUUCUCGUAUAUACAUACAGCCAUUCUGUCUCUGUCUCUCUCUCUCUCUGGGCUCCCCAUCUCCCUCCCUCACCCCACUUAUCUGCUCUGGGACACAACUUCUGGACAGAAGACAUUGGCCACGCCCCCUGUGCCUCCCCACCCCCUCCAGAAGGCUUUAUUACCUCAUACGCAGCUCAUCUUAAACCAAUAGAAUCGCUCGGUGGACAAGUGUCUGACUCAGAUAUCUACCUCGGAGGGAGUUUCUGCUACUUUAGGGAAUUGUUGACUGGGCUUUGGGGUUGAACUUUUUUUUUUUCUAAGAAAAGAAAAAGUAACCCUGGGAUCCAUCUGUAUUUUUUUGAUUUUUUGUUGCUGUUGUUGGUCCUUUUUUAUUUAGUUUGGGGAAGUAGAUGUUUUUAUAAAUAUGUUGAUUUUUUUCUUAAUUUCUUGCUUUCCCAUAUUAGGGGUGAUAGCCAAAGGGGUCAUGAUAAGAUAAAGAGCAUACAGAACUGGAGAAGAGGCCCACCUGGCUCCAGUCCUGUCCAUCAGGAAGUACAUUUAGCAGGGCACCGAGCCUGUCCCCAGAAAAUCACUUAGACGUUCUUUGCUUCUGCAGGCAUCUUGCUGCUGUACCUGGUAGGGAGGCAGUCAGGGCCUUUGCUCUGCUGAUCUAUCCCCCUCUUCCCACAAUCCAUGGGCAGGGCUGGACUUAGUACUAUUUUGAGGAAAAUGCCACCUUCCCCUGUGAAUGACGUCUUUUAAAUCUUUUUUAUUAAAACUAUUUGCAGGUUGGGGGGGAAGAACAGGGAGGGGGUUAUUGCCAAAUAUGUUAACUAUGGGUUGGGGUGGAUGUAUAUGUAUCUCCCACAAUUUCCUCAGAAAGGAAAUGUCUUUUUUUUUCCCCCUCAGUCCAAAAUCAAGAGGGUUGGGAGAGGAGGGAGGUUGCAAAAAGCCAGGUAUGGGAGAAAGUAAAACCAUCACUGUCCCAUCCUUGGCCCUGAACCCGACCAUCUGAACCCCUCAGACAUCCUCAGGAUUUUAUAAAGACUGUCAUAGUGAGGAACUCCUCUCAUCAAAGACCCAAGCAGGAUUGGGGGGCAGAUUGGGAGUGUGAUGGGUGGUGGGCGGGAGGCACGGGCCAGGGGCAGUUCUCUCCUCACUUGUAAACUUGUAGUUUCACAGAAGAAAAAUGCAGUUUUAAAUAAAGAAGUUUCUUUUC